UUCUAGCUUUCAACCAUGUCGUACAUGAACGUCUCAGCAGAAUCUCUCGCAGAAUGUUGUGGUGUGGCGUCAAAUGGCCAAGACGCCGCGCCUGAUAUUCUGAAGAUACAGCUCGGUGUCGUCCAAUCCUGGCCCCAGAUUGAACAGAAGAGGGCCUACCACGAACUUGCUGCAAAAUAUAUGCCUUCUCUCGUAGAGAAAUUUCGAACAUCUGACGUUCCUUGGGGCUCAACUGCUGUAAUGCUGGAUGUAAUCAGUUUUACACCGUUCUUUGUUCGAUUCUUGCAGACCUCCGCCGGUCAGGGUCUGUCUGCAGUACAAGUCCAACGUAUGAUCGCAUCAAGGAACAGCUUCAAUCCGAGUACUCAGUCUCUCCACACCAUAGCUGAAGUGUGCCAGUUCUUGGCGACACUCCUUGUUCUCGAGGGCACUGAAAAGAUUACUGCAGAUGAGCAGAAAAGCCUUGAAGAGAUGCUCUCGGGAUGGCUUCGCAGUAUACCUCCCGUGUUUGCUAGUGAGACUUGCGAAAGGUGUUUGACCCUUCUCAGCGCCGACCAGGAGUCUCGAUUUAUGGCCAAUUCGGUCAAGGGUAUGCUCGAGAAGGCCUUGAGACAGUGCGGCGGAGCUGGCUGUGAUCGUGAGACCAAAGACGAUGGUUCUGCUCUCAUGCAAUGCGGAAGGUGCAAGUGUGCCGUUUACUGUGGAACGCAGCACCAGAAGCAAGCCUGGUCAAUGCACAAAUCGAUAUGCUUUGCCUCGUCCUUCUAGCUGCUGAUUAGAAGAGAAAUGUCCCAGGAAGCGACGCCACCAGAUCCGAGUCCCGCAGAAAAAAUAGCAUUGGAAGUAACGAGAUAUAGAAGGUGGACCUGACUAUUCUGGUGGAAAGUAUAGUACCUCUUGGAAAACAAACUUUCCAGUCAUAUGGUGUACAUUGUAUUUACGCGGUGCUGCCGUGCCGGCCGCUGAUCUAGUUAUGUGGUUGGACAUGAAUGAAUCGUGAUAUUGAGCUCGUUUUCCUGUGACCCAGAAAACGGUUCCACCGCUGUGCAUAUGGUGCGCGU